CUGAGAACACCCAUAUGUGAAAUGGCCUUUAGAAAUGAUUCCGGCAGCGACGGCGAUGAACUCAACGGAGAAGGGACCUGUUCAGUAGAGGAGGUCCGUCUGGUGGUGCCGGAAACCGAUGACCCAUCUCUACCAGUCAUGACUUUCCGGGCAUGGAUUCUAGGCCUUCUCUCAUGCAUAAUUUUGAUUAUCCUAAACACAUUCUUUAUAUACCGAACUCAACCUCUCUCCAUUUCGGCCAUCCUCAUGCAAAUCACCGUCCUUCCGAUCGGGAAGUUUAUGGCGGCGACACUUCCCACGCGGCAGUUCACGGUGAUGGGUCGAAGCUUCUGCCUGAAUCCAGGGCCGUUCAAUAUAAAGGAACAUGUCAUCAUUACGGUUAUGGCGAAUUGCGGCGUGUCUAUGGGUGGCGGCGAUGCUUAUUCCAUUGGAGCUAUUACUGUUAUGAAAGCUUAUUACAAACAGAACCUUGGUUUUCUUUGUGGACUUGUUAUUGUCUUGACAACUAAUAUGGUGGGUUAUGGAUGGGCUGGGAUGUUGAGGAGGUACCUGGUUGAUCCAGUUGAAAUGUGGUGGCCUUCAAAUCUUGCUCAGGUUUCUUUGUUUAGGGCACUUCACGAAAAGAAGACAAAAGCAAAAGGAUUGACAAGAAUGGAGUUCUUCCUCAUCUUCAUGGCAGCUAGCUUUGCUUAUUACGCUUUACCCGGAUACCUUUUCCCCAUUUUGACUUUCUUCUCGUGGGUAUGUUGGGUUUGGCCUCGUAGCAUCACUGCUCAACAAAUUGGAUCGGGUUACCAUGGGCUCGGCGUUGGUGCCUUCACUCUAGAUUGGGCUGGAAUUUCGGCUUACCAUGGAAGUCCCUUGGUAACGCCUUUCUCCUCAAUCUUCAAUGUUGGGAUCGGCUUCGUCAUGUUUGUUUACAUUGUCGUCCCCGUCUGUUACUGGAAAUUCAACACAUUUGACGCUAGAAGAUUCCCCAUCUUUUCAAACCAACUCUUCACAACCAGUGGCCAUAAGUACGACACCACCAAGAUCUUGACGCCCAAAUUUGAACUUAACGUCCCUGCAUACGAGGGAUAUGGGAAGCUUUAUCUCAGCCCUCUUUUCGCACUUUCAAUUGGAUCCGGCUUCGCUAGAUUUGCAGCAACACUUAGUCAUGUCGCUCUAUUUAACGGCAGCGAUAUCUGGAAGCAGAGCAAGUCUGCGAUGAAGAACGUCCAAAUGGACGUCCACUCGAAACUAAUGCAGAAUUACAAACAAGUGCCAUCAUGGUGGUUCAUCAUCUUGUUAGCAGGGAGUAUUGUUCUCUCAAUUAUAAUGUCUUUUAUAUGGAAAGAAGUUGUGCAGCUUCCAUGGUGGGGAAUGCUCCUUGCAUUCGUCUUGUCAUUUGUCAUCACUCUUCCAGUUGGAGUCAUUCAAGCUACCACUAAUCAGCAACCCGGAUUUGACAUCAUAGCCCAAUUCAUAAUCGGUUAUAUACUGCCUGGGAAACCCAUAGCCAAUCUGCUUUUCAAGAUAUACGGGCGAAUUAGCACCAUUCAUGCUCUCUCUUUCUUAGCCGAUCUCAAGCUCGGCAUCUACAUGAAAAUCCCACCUCGCUGCAUGUACACAGCCCAGCUGGUGGGAACAUUGGUUUCAGGCACGGUCAACCUCGCGGUGUCUUGGUGGAUGUUAGGAAACAUUGAGAAUCUAUGUGAUAUCGAAACCCUUCACCCAGAAAGCCCAUGGACAUGCCCUAAGUUCAGAGUCACAUUCGAUGCAUCGGUUAUAUGGGGUUUGAUUGGACCGGGGAGGCUUUUUGGAGCAGGCGGGUUAUACAGGAACAUGGUAUGGUUGUUCCUUGUUGGAGCUGUAUUGCCGGUUCCAGUUUGGGUACUGAGCAAGGUUUACCCAGAAAAGAAGUGGAUUCGGUUGAUAAACAUCCCUGUUAUAUUGUACGGUUUUGCUGGAAUGCCUCCAGCAACUCCGACCAAUAUAGCAAGCUGGAUCGUGACAGGAACAAUAUUUAACUAUUUCGUGUUCAAAUUUAGGAAAGGGUGGUGGCAGAAGUAUAACUAUGUAUUGUCGGCAGCUCUUGAUGCUGGUACAGCGUUUAUGGGUGUGCUGAUAUUCUUUCUACUGCAGAAUGAAGGGCGGAACUUGAAAUGGUGGGGAUCGGAGCUUGACCAUUGUCCUUUGGCGAAAUGCCCGACUGCUCCUGGAAUUUCGGUUCCAGGCUGCCCUGUUUUCAAAUAGCUAGCAUGAUUUCCGUUUAGGGCUAAUAAAGCAUGAUCAGGGUGAAUUCUAUUUAGGAUUUGAUGUCAAUACAUUUUUACUAAUAAUUGCCAUCAAUCUAGACAAAAUUGAUUUUACUACUGUAAAUGCUUCUUUUCCAGUUGCUUUUCAUCACUGAGAAUACAGACCAGGUUUAUGUUUGUUUUU